AUGGAUUUUCUCGAAGUUCGAGACGGCGCCUUCGGAUUCUCGCCCCUGAUUGGUCGAUUUUGUUCCCGCCUUAAACUGCCCGAGGACAAGGAAAUUGUCUCGACAGGACAGCACUUGUGGCUGCGUUUUCGCAGUGAUGGCACUCUGCCACAUACCGGCUUCAAGGCAGUCUACUACUUCCAGUCUGCUGCUCGGAUCGAGCUCGAAUCGACUUCGAAUCGAGCUCGAAUCGCUGUCAACGAACCUGGAAAUGUGGAGUUUUUUCCGCCACUACCCAGGAAACUCCUGCCGAAAUCUCCUUCUACAAUUUACCUCCCAAAAUGA